AUGGCGCCGUCCGGGACUUCAAUGUUCUCCAAGCUCAGGCCCGGCCAUGCGAAGCGCAAUGCCUCGAGUCCGGCCUCGCCCGAGCCCGUCCCCAGCCCCAGUCCUGCCGCACCUCCACUGCCCUCGCCCGCGCAGACCACCGACCACUUCUCCUCGCCGCGCUUCAACGACAAUGCCAGCUACACCUCGGGCUCGCCCAUAUCGCCCUACCCGCCCCAACUGCCGCCCAUCGCACGCGUCGCCUCCAAGCUGGACAAGGCGGCUUCGCCUGGUAGCUCCCAAUAUACCGCCAGUCAGCACUCGGGGAGCACUGGGGGGAGCAGCAGUAAGAUGGCGCAGGAUCGCAGCUUGCUCUCCCCGCCCCAGAGGGCACAGGACCACUUCUCCCCCGCCUAUGAGAACAAGCCCCUCUCUGCGCGCUCACACAGUGGAGGCUCUCCCUUGCCACAGAGGACAGAACCCGCCCCGUCGUCUGAGACGCCUCCCCAGUCAUCCUCCCACCUGGCGCCCUCUGUCAUCUCUCCCAGCUAUUCCAACUUCUCCAAGUCGCAGACGUCGCUGCUGAGUGGCAUCAGCGACAAGCUCACGGGCAGUUCCAAGGGCACUUCGACCCCAACAGCAGCCCCCAGCAAGUCGAGAUCGAGACUGACCCUGCGCAAUCCCAUGUCCCUCCUCAUGCGACGCAGGUCUGGACAGACCCUGGAUCCUCUCGCCGACGAAUCGCUCGUUACCCAACGCUCGCCCUCGAACGUUCCCCCCAUGCCCGACAACUACGACCCCAGUAUCCGCGGAAAGAUCGUACACGACUUCAACGCGCCGAGACUGAACAGAGGCUACUCGUACAAUACUGCGGCAGAAGGCGGAGAAGGGCAGCAGGAGAUUGGUCGUGUCAGCCCGCCGAAGAUAGACAAGGAGCAUACACCAGUGUUCCGUGAGCACUUUGACGACGAUACCAGCUACGAGCAGUCGCAAGCUGCUAUACGGGCUGAGCAACUGGUGAAUAAGGACUUCCUCGCGAGAAAUUCCGUACAAUAUCCCCCGCCUGAACGCUCAGCUCCUCCUCCGCCGCAACCCAAGAACUCGCCGCCGCCUCCGCCUCCACCGCAGUUGUCCCCAUUGCCUCCCCCACAAACGUCUCCACUGCCUCGACCGUCAUUCCAAGGUUUCGACAGCGGUUCCUCAGUCCUUUCGCCUGUACAAGAGUCAGAGAAUCCCCUCGAUGUGUCUACAGAUGUUACCCCGCGGAAAAGAAAGUCGACAAAGUCGCCACCACCGCCCGCACGCUCGAGAGCCACCUCCGUCUCCGACCCGUCGUUCCAGCCAGCCGGGCUACCUGCGCAUUUCAGCAGUCGAGCGUCCAGGUUCAGCUUCCAGAUAUCUGGUCAGACGGAUUCUGCGCAAGAGAAGCUGCUCGAGGAGCGACACAAGGCGAAGGAGGCGGAGAAGAAGCAGGCGCGUAUUUCUACAAAUUCGGUCGAAGACGACUACGACGACUACGGCAUGGACGAUUACGAUGAUAUGGACGGCGGGUUUGACGAAGAAAUACCGAUGCUGGGUGAGGAGGACGAGUUUGGGGGUGGACUGGGAGACCAAACCCUCGACUCUGGCAUGAACGCUUUCGACUUCUCAUCUCUGUCGCUACAGCAGAAUAAGGGUCAUAUUGCCAGUCCGAUGAACCAGAUGCAGGCACCCGUCGACAUGAACGGAAACCCCAUCGGUUUUGCCAUGUCGCAGGAGAUGCUCCAGCAAUAUCAGAUGUUGAUGAUGAGCGGGCAGCUGGAUGGCCAGAAUGCGAUGAACGCUCAAGCGCAGGGGCUAGGCUUGACAACUUCUCAAAAUCAGCCGGACGAAUCCCAGGACGAAUCCCCCGAGACAUCAGAUAACGCCGUUCCUUCGGAUGCCAAACAGCAGAGCUUUGGGAACAUCGAUUUGGGCGAUGACUUUGACUUUGACGACGGGCUUAUCGGCGACCAAGACGACAUUGAGCCUACAGAGUUUGACGAAAACGUCUUCGAUGACCCCAACGGACCGUUGUACGAGAGGAAGGUCAAGUUUGCAGAGGACGAGCAAGCACCUGCUGCUCAUCAGCCGCGUGCCUACGAUGUCUUGAGUUCGGAGACGGGCUAUGAGGCGGAUGACGACACUGUGUCGAAGCACCUUGAGAAGUCUUCGCCCACGCUCGCACACAAAACUUCAAUCGCCCAGCAGCGACCCGUGCCCAGUUUUGAGAAUCUCAGCGCAUAUCACAGUGCUCUUGCUGAUGCAGCAACGCGCGCGGAGGCUGCUGGUCGGUUUACGAGGAAAGCGAGUGUGGAUGUCGGCCAAACCAGCUUCGAUGCUGACGACCAGUCCUCACUUAGCAACUCCCGACCCAGUCUUGUCCCUGACGAUGGUCGCUUCAGUGUAGACACCAUCAGCUUCCCACAAGAUGAUGAUGUGUACGGCAUGAGCUCUGGUUUUGUUAACGACGACUACGACUACAGUGAUUUUGAUUCCGCCAUGGAAGAUGACCCCAUCAUCGCCGAGGCAAACGCUGAAGCCCUGGCUUACGACGAUGAGGGGUUUUACGGACAAGAGUUUGGUUUCUACGCAUCUGCAGUCGGAGAGUCACCAAGCGCUUGGGGUGGCUUCUUUGGACCAUCUGGAAUGGGUCUGGGUCGCACAGUCAGCGGUCGCAAUGCUGUAAGAGAGCCGAAUCUGACGCCCAUCACCGAGCGCAGCGAAUACAGCACUCGCAAUUCCUUCAUCAGUCUCAACCACUUCCGCGACGGUAAUCAACCAAUGUCUAGCCCUGGCCUAGCGCAACUCGCCCGGAUGAGUCCAUAUGGCUUCCCCGGAAACGAGGAGGAAGACAUGAGUCUCGACACUCUGCUGAAGCUACGGAAAGGCGCCUUUGGUGGAAGUGUGGCCAGUCUACCAGUCAGUGCGGCUAACAGCCCGCGCAACUCUUCUCCCAUGGGCAUGCAGUUCGUACCACGAGCAUCAAGCCCCGUCGGCAACCGCAUGAAGGAGCACCCUUCUAGCUCGCUCGAGAGCUCUUACUCUUCCAAAAACGUCUCAUCCGACUAUCCCAAUGACGAUCAAAUGGACGAGGAGGACGACGACGGUCUCAUGGACGCCGUCAACGGCGUAUACGAGUCCGGUCGCUCCAGCUCAGACUCCUACGACAACAACGACCGCCCCGAAAGCCCCACUCUCACAUCCAGCGACUAUAACAGCCUCUCCAGCCCAACCGGCUACGGCGUAGGAAACGAAGCACCCCUCCUCCCUCCCAUCUCAGAACUCUACGCCCAACACAACAUGAGCCUAGCCAUGUCCCCCGGCGGCCUCUCCGCAACCUCACCCUCCAAUAUCUCCCUCCCCGUCUCCCCCUUCCCCAUGCCACUCUCCUCGCCCUUUCUACCCCAACACGUAAACCGACCACCAAACCCACCUUCAAUCGAUACUUCGCUAUCUUCGCCAUCUGCGCCUACGGUUUCUACGACUGGUCAAACGCGCAGGCAGAGUAUGGGACUUAGUCCUAUCUCCAAUUCUAGUCCUAUUACGCCGAACGGUGGUGGUGGGAGUGGAUGGAAUAGAGGACAUAGUCGCAAGGGGAGUGCGGCUGAUAGCGUGACGUAUGUGCGCGAACAUGAUGAGGCGGGCGAGGGGAGGUGGGUUUUGGAGAGGAGGCGCACGGCCGAGAGUGGCGAGUUGGAGUUGAUAGGACGGGAGAUUGUUGAGGGUGGGAGGAUAUAG